AUGAAGCCAAAGCUGAAUCACAGGCUGGAGAUGCCGAAUAGUAAUAACAAUAAUUCAAACCAAUAUGGCCCUUACUCACCAAAACUCCCAAAACACAAUAGAUCCCUACCAAGAUCCAUUAACUACCUUCUAAGAGAACAGCGCCUACUCUUCACCCUCAUCGGAAUCCUAAUCGGCUCGACCUUCUUCAUAAUCCAGCCCAUCCUCUCCAGAAUUGGGCCUUCCGAGGCCCAUCCGUACACCCGGAGCGGGUUCACCACCCGCCACGACCUCCGCGGCGUCGGGCUCGAGAGAAGGAGCGCGGUUGCUGGGCGGGUUCCGGCGGCGAUUGGCGCCAGGAGGCUGAGGGUGGUGGUUACCGGUGGGGCUGGGUUCGUUGGGAGCCAUCUGGUUGAUAAGCUUAUUGGGAGAGGGAAUGAGGUGAUUGUGGUGGAUAAUUUUUUCACCGGGAGGAAGGACAAUUUGGUACAUUUGCUUGGAAACCCUAGGUUUGAGCUGAUUCGACACGACGUCGUUGAGCCUAUACUGUUGGAGGUGGAUCAGAUCUAUCACCUUGCUUGUCCUGCUUCCCCUGUUCAUUACAAGUAUAACCCUGUCAAGACUAUCAUAUCAAAUGUGAUGGGUACACUUAAUAUGCUGGGCCUUGCAAAGAGGAUUGGGGCCAGGUUUCUGCUUACUAGUACUAGUGAGGUUUACGGUGAUCCGCUGGAGCAUCCCCAGAAAGAGACCUACUGGGGAAAUGUGAAUCCAAUAGGCGAGAGGAGCUGUUAUGAUGAAGGAAAGCGCACUGCGGAGACCUUAACAAUGGAUUAUCAUCGAGGUGAUGGUGUUGAGGUUCGAAUUGCUCGUAUUUUCAACACAUAUGGACCUCGUAUGUGUUUAGAUGAUGGUCGUGUAGUUAGCAAUUUUGUUGCACAGGUUAUUCGCAAACAACCAAUGACUGUAUAUGGUGAUGGGAAGCAAACAAGAAGUUUUCAAUAUGUCUCUGAUUUGGUUAACGGAUUGGUGGCCUUGAUGGAUGGUGAACAUGUGGGACCUUUCAACCUGGGUAACCCAGGGGAGUUCACCAUGUUAGAGCUUGCUGAGGUUGUGAAAGCAACAAUUGAUCCAAGUGCUACAAUAGAAUUCAGACCAAAUACUGCUGAUGAUCCACAUAUGAGGAAGCCAGAUAUAAGCAAAGCAAAGGAGCUCUUGAACUGGGAGCCUAAAGUCCCUCUCAAAGAAGGGUUGCCUCUUAUGGUCAACGAUUUCCGCAAUCGGAUCCUAAACGAAGACGAAGGAAAAGGGAUGAAAUAAGCAUAGUAGACUAGUAUCAAAACCUUUUAUGUAUGCAUGUAUGUAUGUAUGUAUGUACAACAGUAUAAGGAGAAGAGCUUGUUUGCACUUCAGUUCUCAUUUUCAUCGUUCCAGUCAUCCACAGUCAAAACCAACAGAAAGUUCUGGUAAGACUUCACUUCUGUAAGGAGAUACGUUUACUUUAAUUUUUUCAUUUAAGUGUUUAUGCUUUGCAUAGCAUAUAAAAUAGAUGUAUUUAUUAAAUUUUGACACAAUUCUUUUCAGAAGUCUUUGUCUAUUGUAUUGAUUAAUUAGUAAUUACAAAUAUUGUAAUACUUGAUACUUUCAUGCUGGUAAUCUCAUGAGAAUGGAAGUAGUUUUUAGAAA